UGAAUUGAGUUCUUCACAGUCUCCAGACUCGACCAGCUGAAAUUGCAUUGUAAUACAUUGAGCUUCUGAGACGGAGCUGUGUUGGAAUUUGCUUGUGUAGAUCAUUUUGUUGUUUACGUUGAAUAUCCAGAGACUAUCGGAUCUAUAUCUAUACAUGUUGUAUUAAAUACGUUUCGGGAAUUGUGUCAUUUGGAGAAUCAUGGACCGUGAGUGGAGAAGCGAUUGGGUUUUAAAUCUCGUCAGCGUCUAUUCUCUCAGUCUCACCUCUUGUCGGAGAGCGUUUGACUGAGCCGAUCAAGCUAUCGGCUGGAGCGGGUUUAUUCGUUUCUGCAUCAAGUCAAGGUCUUUUCACUCGUUCGGUGAAUAGUUAACUAAAGCGAAAUUAUUUGUAUUAAAUAGCCGAAGAUUUGUAAUUCAAAUAGCCCGAGGUUUCUUUCAACUCCUACGUUCAGGAGCUGUCCAGCUUGACCGUCAGACUGACCAGUACUCAGUUGUCCAGAAAAAUGGAGGCUGUUAUUGAGAAAGAAUGCAGUGCACUGGGGGGACUUUUCCAAAGUGUGAUAGGCGACAUGAAAAACAGCUACCCCAUCUGGGAAGACUUUAUCAGCAAGGCUGGGAAACUACAAUCUCAACUCAGGGCGACCGUGGUGGCAGCUGCAGCCUUCCUGGAUGCCUUUCAGAAAGUGGCUGACCUGGCCACCAACACACGAGGAGGCACCAGGGACAUUGGUUCAGCUCUAACCAGGAUGUGUAUGAGACACAGAAGCAUCGAGGCCAAGCUCAGAGACUUUUCAAUGGCUUUCAUGGACUGCAUGAUCAACCCUCUACAGGAUCAGAUGGAGGAGUGGAAGAGAGGAACCAACACUCUGGAUAAGGACCAUGCUAAAGAGUACAAGAAAGUUCGGAGUGAGAUCAAGAAGAAGUCUUUAGACACUCUGAAGCUACAGAAGAAGGCAAAGAAAGCUGAUGCCCUGGGCCGAGGAGACGUCCAGCCCCAGCUGAACAGUGCCAUGCAGGACGUCAGUGAUAAAUACCUGCUGCUGGAGGAGACGGAGAAACAGGCCGUCAGGAAGGCCCUCGUCGAGGAGAGGAGCAGGUUAUGCACCUUCGUCUCCAUGCUACGACCUGUCGUGGAUGAGGAGAUCUCCAUGCUAGGAGAGGUCACCCACCUCCAGACCAUAUCUGACGACCUCAAGAUGCUGACCAUGGACCCUCACAAGCUGCCCCCCGCCAGCGAACAGGUGAUUCUGGAUCUGAAAGGCUCUGACUAUAACUGGUCCUAUCAGACUCCUCCCUCGUCCCCCAGCACCACUAGGUCCAGGAAGUCCAGUAUGUGCAGCAGUCUGAACAGCGUAAACAGUAGUGACUCUCGCUCCAGCGGCACAUCCCAAUCUCACUCCCCCUCCUCCUCCUCCUGCUCCUCCCACUACGGCUACCGUAGCUCCACCCUGCCCCAGCAGGCCGCGGCACGACUGUCCUCCAUGUCCUCCCACGACUCAGGAUUCAUCUCCCAGCCAGACACCUCCAAGUCACCAUCACCCAUGCCCCAGGAGACACUACCGCAGCCUUGCUCCAGCUCUGGCUCGUCUGAGGCCUCUGAGACCUGCCAGUCAGUCAGUGAGUGCAGCUCUCCCACCUCUGGAGGGCCUCUGGCUGCAGUUGACAAGUUGUCUAACGGGUAUGACCACUACGGGGAUCACCAUCAUUCAGACUCUUCAUACCUGAUGGGAGGGGGCUCAGGUCUGGGGGGGUCCUACCUGAUGGGAGGGGGCUCAGGCCUGGUGGGUUCCUACCCCCUCUUCCCUCCCUCCUCCCAUUCGUCCUCCAUCACCUCCUCCUCCUGUCCGUCCCAGUCGUGGUCCAGGCCGUGCUCGGCCCUGCUACCUGACUACCCUCAUUACUGCACCCUGGGGCCUAACAUGGUCCCCACCUCUAAAGUCCCCGGCUGGAAGGACUGGGCUAAGCCAGGACCCUAUGACCAGCCCAUGGUAAACACCCUUAGAAGGAGGAAGGACAAGGAUCUUGUACCAGCAGACACCAGCUAUGCCCCACUACCACUACCUGCUGGAGUCAUCCCAGCACCAGGGGGCAGGAGUCUACCACUACCUGCUGGAGUCAUCCCAGCACCAGGGGGCAGGAGUCUACCACUACCUGCUGGAGUCAUCCCGGCACCAGGGGGCAGGAGUCAACCAUUACCUGCUGGAGUCAUCCCAGCACCAGGGGGCAGGAGUCAACCAUUACCUCCAUCACCCAAGGUGUGUGAGAUGGAGGCCCAUGAGGAGCUGGCCCUGUCCCUGUCCAGAGGUCUACAGCUGGACUCACAGACACAGCGGUCCAGUAGAGACUCUCUACACUGUUCUAGUGGCUACAGUACCCAGAGUACCACCCCAUGCUGUUCAGAAGACACCAUACCCUCACAAGUGUCAGACUACGACUAUUUCUCCAUGGGAGGGGACCAGGAGGUUGACCAGCAGGAGUUUGACAAGUCAUCCACCAUCCCCCGUAACAGUGACAUCAGCCAGUCCUACCGUAGGAUGUUCCAGUCCAAGAGACCAGCCUCCACCGCCGGCCUACCUUCUACGGCUGGCUCCGUCAUCAUGACCCCUGGGGUCGCCACCAUCCGCCGCACGCCCUCCACCAAGCCCUCAGCCCGCCGCGGGACCACCGGCCCCAUCCCCAUCCGGACCCCCAUGAUCCCAGUCAAGAUCCCCACCGUGCCUGGCCUAGUUGCGGGAGGAUUCCCUGGGGGACUGGGGCUUCCUGGAGGACCAGGAGUAGGGGCAGAGGAACCAGAGGAGGCCCAGAGCCCUGAGUCUCCAGCCCAGGGAGAGGAGGGGGAGCUGGGUGUACAUCCCCUGGCGUUCUGGAGUGGUCAAGCAACCACCAACCCUCCCCUGGCCCCUCACCAGCCUGGGGUCCAGUGUCAGGGCGAGGGGGGGUCCCUGGAGGAUGGGGAGGUUAUGGUUGGUCAGGGGAGAAACAUGCUGCUGGUUAUCCAGAGAGGGGUCAAGCUGAAGAGGACCAAUACCAACGAUCGCUCAGCACCGCGCAUCGUAUAAGAGGAGAGCCACCGUGGCACCAUGCAGCAUCAGAGGAGGGUAUCCUGCCUAGCUGUACCUAGCUAGCCUACCGCCUGCCCACUGACAGACAGGACAGAACUCAUGUCCACUGCGCUAAGGGGGGUCUCCUGUAUACUACUUACCGUCCAGCUGCCUCGCUGACAGACAGGACAGAACUCAUGUCCACUGGGCUAAGGGGGGUCUCCUGUAUACUACUUACCGUCCAGCUGCCUCACUGACAGACAGGACAGAACUCAUGUCCACUGGGCUAAGGGGGGUCUCCUGUAUACUACUUACCGUCCAGCUGCCUCGCUGACAGACAGGACAGAACUCAUGUCCACUGGGCUAAGGGGGGUCUCCUGUAUACUACUUACCGUCCAGCUGCCUCACUGACAGACAGGACAGAACUCAUGUCCACUGCGCUAAGGGGGGUCUCCUGUAUACUACUUACCGUCCAGCUGCCUCACUGACAGACAGGACAGGACAGAACUCAUGUCCACUGCGCUAAGGGCGGUCUCCUGUAUACUACUUACCGUCCAGCUGCCUCACUGACAGACAGGACAGGACAGAACUCAUGUCCACUGGGCUAAGGGGGGUCUCCUGUAUACUACUUACCGUCCGGCUGCCUCACUGACAGACAGGACAGAACUCAUGUCCACUGCGCUAAGGGGGGUCUCCUGUAUACUACUUACCGUCCGGCUGCCUCACUGACAGACAGGACAGAACUCAUGUCCAUUCCAAGUGAUGCUGUGUGUGGUGACAGACAGAGCUCUGCUCGUCUUCUCAGACGGUGCAGAAGGUGGUCUCUUGUUGGACAGACAGUGGAGCAGCACAGAGUUGUGUUAAUUAUGUUAUCUUUUAGUUCUGAAUAUGUAAAUAAUUAUGCAUGGUAUUUUCUCUUUGUUGCUUCCUGGCGCCCUGUUCUGUAACUCUAGUCCUUCCACCCCCAUUCCUCCCCUCCUCAGUUCUGUUGACUCUAGUCCUCUCACCCCCAUUCCUCCCCUCCUCAGUUCUGUUGACUCUAGUCCUCACACCCCCGUUCCUCCCCUCCUCAGUUCUGUUGACUCUAGUCCUCCCACCCCCAUUCCUCCCCUCCUCAGUUCUGUUGACUCUAGUCCUCUCACCCCCAUUCCUCCCCUCCUCAGUUCUGUUGACUCUAGUCCUCCCACCCCCAUUCCUCCCCUCCUCAGUUCUGUUGACUCUAGUCCUCUCACCCCCAUUCCUCCCCUCCUCAGUUCUGUUGACUCUAGUCCUCCCACCCCCAUUCCUCCCCUCCUCAGUUCUGUUGACUCUAGUCCUCCCACCCCCAUUCCUCCCCUCCUCAGUUCUGUUGACUCUAGUCCUCUCACCCCCGUUCCUCUCCACCUCAGUUCUGUUGACUCUAGUCCUCCCACCCCAUUCCUCCCCUCCUCAGUUCUGUUGACUCUAGUCCUCCCACCCCCAUUCCUCCCCUCCUCAGUUCUGUUGACUAGUCCUCUCACCCCCAUUCCUCCCCUCCUCAGUUCUGUUGACUCUAGUCCUCCCACCCCCAUUCCUCCCCUCCUCAGUUCUGUUGACUCUAGUCCUCACACCCCCGUUCCUCCCCUCCUCAGUUCUGUUGACUCUAGUCCUCCCACCCCCAUUCCUCCCCUCCUCAGUUCUGUUGACUCUAGUCCUCCCACCCCCAUUCCUCCCCUCCUCAGUUCUGUUGACUCUAGUCCUCUCACCCCCAUUCCUCCCCUCCUCAGUUCUGUUGACUCUAGUCCUCCCACCCCCAUUCCUCCCCUCCUCAGUUCUGUUGACUCUAGUCCUCCCACCCCCAUUCCUCCCCUCCUCAGUUCUGUUGACUCUAGUCCUCUCACCCCCGUUCCUCUCCACCUCAGUUCUGUUGACUCUAGUCCUCCCACCCCAUUCCUCCCCUCCUCAGUUCUGUUGACUCUAGUUCUCCCACCCCCAUUCCUCCCCUCCUCAGUUCUGUUGACUAGUCCUCUCACCCCCAUUCCUCCCCUCCUCAGUUCUGUUGACUCUAGUCCUCCCACCCCCAUUCCUCCCCUCCUCAGUUCUGUUGACUCUAGUCCUCACACCCCCGUUCCUCCCCUCCUCAGUUCUGUUGACUCUAGUCCUCCCACCCCCUUUCCUCCCCUCCUCAGUUCUGUUGACUCUAGUCCUCCCACCCCCAUUCCUCCCCUCCUCAGUUCUGUUGACUCUAGUCCUCACACCCCCGUUCCUCCCCUCCUCAGUUCUGUUGACUCUAGUCCUCACACCCCCGUUCCUCCCCUCCUCAGUUCUGUUGACUCUAGUCCUCCCACCCCCAUUCCUCCCCUCCUCAGUUCUGUUGACUCUAGUCCUCUCACCCCCAUUCCUCCCCUCCUCAGUUCUGUUGACUCUAGUCCUCUCACCCCCAUUCCUCCCCUCCUCAGUUCUGUUGACUCUAGUCCUCCCACCCCCAUUCCUCCCCUCCUCAGUUCUGUUGACUCUAGUCCUCCCACCCCCAUUCCCCCCCUCCUCAGUUCUGUUGACUCUAGUCCUCUCACCCCCGUUCCUCUCCACCUCAGUUCUGUUGACUCUAGUCCUCCCACCCCAUUCCUCCCCUCCUCAGUUCUGUUGACUCUAGUCCUCCCACCCCAUUCCUCCCCUCCUCAGUUCUGUUGACUCUAGUCCUCCCACCCCCAUUCCUCCCCUCCUCAGUUCUGUUGACUAGUCCUCUCACCCCCAUUCCUCCCCUCCUCAGUUCUGUUGACUCUAGUCCUCACACCCCCGUUCCUCCCCUCCUCAGUUCUGUUGACUCUAGUCCUCCCACCCCCAUUCCUCCCCUCCUCAGUUCUGUUGACUCUAGUCCUCUCACCCCCAUUCCUCCCCUCCUCAGUUCUGUUGACUCUAGUCCUCCCACCCCCAUUCCUCCCCUCCUCAGUUCUGUUGACUCUAGUCCUCUCACCCCCAUUCCUCCCCUCCUCAGUUCUGUUGACUAGUCCUCUCACCUCCAUUCCUCCCCUCCUCAGUUCUGUUGACUCUAGUCCUCCCACCCCCAUUCAUCCCCUCCUCAGUUCUGUUGACUCUAGUCCUCCCACCCCCAUUCCUCCCCUCCUCAGUUCUGUUGACUCUAGUCCUCUCACCCCCAUUCCUCCCCUCCUCAGUUCCAAGGUGCCAAAUGAUUUGAAGCUAUUGAAAGGGCUGUUUUAGAUUUAUUGUGAAGAUUGUGUCAUCUUAGUGACACAACUAUCAGGGGCACCAAGCUGUUUGGUAUGUAAACCCAUUUCAUGUUUCAUAUUUUCAGAUCUACAAUCCACAGCAGCUGUUGUAGUCGGGUUUAUGUUAUGCUCAGUAUUUCAACUGUUUCUAAUAGCAUGUGUUUUGCCAGUUAAUCAAUAAUCUCUUGGUAACAACUUACUUUUUACAUUACGCUGUACAUUUCACCGUUUCAAAAUAUGUGUCAUGAUGGAACUGAUAAAACUGUCAUUAUUCACCAAUACAGACAAUAACACUAUGUAUAAGAAAGGGACAGUCCCUUCAUUAUGGGGAGCGUGAAAGGUGUACACGGUUUAAAGGGUUUUGACUAGAAGAGAAAUAAAGGUUUGCGUUUGAUUAUGUCAUGUUAUUAUUAUAAUUGUAUUAUUAUUAGGUUUGUGAUUUUGUGUUUUCUGUCCUUGACGGUACUGGUCAGAGACGCGUGAUUAAAGCCUCUGUAAAAGUUACGCUGCUUAUUCCUCCGACCACGAAGAAGAAGGAGGCAUAGGUAUCUUACAAUAGGCUCGUAGUGUAAAGCAUUUAAUAUCACGUAUACAUCCAGUGUACUCCCUCGUGAUAAUUCAUUGUAAAUCAACAACUUUUAAAUCCCUGCUUGAAUUGGAUUUCGGUUGAAGCGCUGAGCCGUAGCAGCAGAUGGAGACCUAGGGUGUAUCCCGAAUAGCAUCCCCUUCCCCAUACAGUGCACUAGAGAAAUCAAUAUGUAAUCAAGUGUAAAUACCGUAUUGACGAGACAGAGCAGACCAGGAACACAUUUCUAUUCAUUUAUUCCCUCUUCAGCUUUUUAUUUCUCUAUUUGUGUACUCGCUGUACUCAGAACAGACCCGGUGCUGUCGCUGUACUCAGAACAGAUCCGGUUCUGUCGCUGUACUCAGAACAGACCCGGUUCUGUCUCUGUACUCAGAACAGACCCGGUUCUGUCGCUGUACUCAGAACAGACCCGGUUCUGUCUCUGUACUCAGAACAGACCCGGUUUCUCUGUUCCACUACUAUACUGGUUUCUCUGUUCCACUACUAUACUGGUUUCUCUGUUCCACUACUAUACUGGUUUCUCUGUUCCACUACUAUACUGGUUUCUCUGUUCCACUACUAUACUGGUUUCUCUGUUCCACCACUAUACUGGUUUCUCUGUUCCACUACUAUACUGGUUUCUCUGUUCCAAUACUAUACUGGUUUCUCUGUUCCACUACUAUACUGGAACACAGAUUAUUGGGACACAGAUUACUGGGACACAGAUUACUGGGACACAGAUUACUGGGACACAAAUUACUGGCACACAGAUUAUUGGGACACAAAUUACUGGGACACAGAUUACUGGGACACAGAUUGCUGGGACACAAAUUACUGGGACACAGAUUACUGGGACACAGAUUAUUGGGACACAGAUUACUGGGACACAGAUUACUGGGACACCGAUUACUGGGACACCGAUUACUGGGACACAGAUUAUUGGGACACAGAUUGCUGGGACACAAAUUACUGGGACACAAAUUACUGGGACACAGAUUACUGGGGCACAGAUUACUGGGGCACAGAUUACUGGGACACAGAUUACUGGGACACAAAUUACUGGCACACAGAUUAUUGGGACACAAAUUACUGGGACACAGAUUACUGGGACACAGAUUGCUGGGACACAAAUUACUGGGACACAAAUUACUGGGACACAGAUUACUGGGACACAGAUUAUUGGGACACAGAUUACUGGGACACAGAUUACUGGGACACAGAUUACUGGGACACAGAUUACUGGGACACAGAUUACUGGGACACCGAUUACUGGGACACAGAUUAUUGGGACACAGAUUGCUGGGACACAAAUUACUGGGACACAAAUUACUGGGACACAGAUUACUGGGGCACAGAUUAUUGGGACACAGAUUACUGGGACAUAGAUUACUGGGACACAGAUUAUUGGGACACAGAUUACUGGGACACAGAUUACUGGGACACCGAUUACUGGGACACAGAUUACUGGGACACAGAUUACUGGGACACAGAUUACUGGGACACAGAUUACUGGGACACCGAUUACUGGGACACAGAUUACUGGGACACAGAUUACUGGGACACAGAUUACUGGGACACAGAUUACUGGGCCACAGAUUACUGGGACACAGAUUAUUGGGACACCGAUUACUGGGACACAAAUUACUGGGACACAGAUUACUGGGACACAGAUUAUUGGGACACAGAUUAUUGGGACACAGAUUAUUGGGACACAGAUUACUGGGACACAACCAACAACAUGAUCAUUCUGUAAAGAGGCUUGAGGACUGGUGUUUAUGUUGUAUUGAACCUGAUGGGAACAAUCUGAACAGCAGGGUUGGGGGUCAAUGCCAUUUCAAUUCAGUCCAUUCAGGAAGUAAAGGAGUCGACCCUGACCAGCUGACCAGGGUCAUCUGUUUGAGAAGUCGAGGUCCUCGUGCUAUAAAUGGGAAAUUAAAAACCUUAAGCGUUUUAAAUAUAUUUAAAUCAGGUUCUGUUGCAUUCAAAUGACUGUUCAUUUAAACCUUUAGUUCUUUAGAAAGCAUAUUGAAUUUCCGUUAUGCUGAUACAAGAUGGAACAUUGUUUGCAGAAAAUCUAGUGAUCAAGAAUUUUCCCGUUGGUGUCUGUUGACUGUCAUUGUUUUGCUCGUGUUUGGUUUCUACCCGUCUCUCCCUCAUCUGAAGCCUGUAUUCAUAGGGUGCGUCCCAAAUGGCGCCCUAGUCAAUACAGUGCACUACUAUGGGCCCCGGCCAAAAGUACUACACUAUAUUUAGGAAUAGGGUGUCAUUUGGGACAUAGACAAUGUCUCACUAAGAGAUCUCCGUGCUUCUACAGCUGCAUUGCUUGCUGUUGGGGCUUUUUAGGCUGUGUGUCUGUACAGCACUGUGAGAUAUCAGCUGAUGUAAGAAGGGCUAUAUAAAUACAUUUGAUUUGAGUUGAUUCUAAAAUGUUGAACUGUUCUCCCAUCCCAUCUAGCAGAUGCUUUCUGCAUAUAAUGCUAUCGUUCUGGGUGGCAUCCUUAUCAGGGUGCCUGUUGGGAUGUAAACAUUCUCCUGGUCAUUGUGUCUCCACAUCAUUGUGGGGAUAGUGUACGUUGUGUAGAAACCUUUAGUUGUAAUGGUGCUGUACUUUAUUUUGCAAUGGUCAGCCAUAUUGUUUGUCUUUUCUAGAUAUUUAAAUUCAAAGCAUAUCUUUGGUAUUUUUUAAAGUUGCCAAAUGUUAUGUGUAAGAUGAUGAUUAUUCUAAUAGUUUACGUAUAAUUUAAUGUUUUGCUAUACGGCUAAAAGCAGAUGGUCACAUUAUUACUAAAACCUUGUUUUCUAAUGAUUUAGUAGCGUAGAGUUGGGGGUCAAUUCUAUUUCGAUUCAAGUCAUUUCAGAGAGUAAACCAAAUUCCAAUUCCAAAUUGAAAUGGAAGAGAAUUGGAAUUGUCCCUUCCUGAAUUGACUGGAAUUGAAAUGGAAUUGACCCCCACCCUGUUUCGUAGUUAGUUAGUACUGAGAGUUGACCUCUAUGUUUCCCUGUUAUGUUCAGCAGUUCUACUGGCUAUGAUGACGUCUGUUUCUGGAACGUUUUUUAAAUUCUGUGUAAUUAAUGAAUGCUUCAGCACAUAUUAAAUGUCAAAUACUAUUUGAA